UUCAGCCCCUUUCGAGCUCCCCCCCUAUCUCCCUUCCUUUCUUGGCCCUGAACUACGGCGGCCAAGAUUCGACUCAAUUCUUUGUUUUUUUUUUUUUUAUCUCUCUCUUAUUAAAAAUCUUUUCAGCUUCUUUAAGUAAAUCCUGUAAUGUAUAGCCCUGUAAAUUUUCUAACCUCUGUAACUUAGUCCUGAUAUCUGGAGCAGCCUGCCAGAUGAAGGACAUAGAGACACUCGUCAUUUGUCCUGGGUCAUCUGGGUCAUAGGGAGUGUACAUACGGUAGGCCUCCUUAAGUCUCUCUAGAAAGGCAGAGGGAGUUUCCCCUGCUUCCUGUAAUACCUGUUUUACCUGAGCCAAAUUAGUAGGGUGUCGUAUAGCCCCUUGGAGACCCGCUAGAAGCAACUGGCGAUAAAGGCGUAGGUGUCCCUUACCUUCAGCUGUAUUAAAAUCCCAGUUUGGUCCUCAGGCAGCUGGGUGGGACGCCCAUCAUCUCCCAGAACAUGCUUUCUGGCCUCUAGGAACACUCUUUGUUUUUUUUUUUUUUUUUUUUUGAGGUUAAGAGGGCCUGUAAGAGCUGUUGGCAGUCAUCCCAAGUAGGCUGGUGGGAACAAGAAAAUGGAGUGUCUUGAGCUCACCUGCAAGACAGGACUCCACAGUGAAAGGCAGUGAUGGUGUUAAAGUCUGCGGUUUAAAACCCCAAAUCAGAUGUCCUUUAUCUCAUAAUGUAAGUGGCUGGCAUUAGGUAUUGAGUGCUACGUAACACACUGUAGUAAAGAUUCAUGAUGUUGCUAUCUAAAAUUGAGAGAUCAUCGGAGAAAACCAUGGAGAUAAUGAAAAAUUUAAGUAGUCUACAGGCUUUGGAGGGCAACAGACAACUUGAAGAUCUCCUUGGUGUUUCCCUAGUACCAUGCUCCUUAAAAAGUGAAGCAAAGAAAACCAAAGAGCUAAUGACAAAAGUAAUGAAACAAAAGCUAUUUGAAAAGAAAAAUUCAAGAAUUCCUCCCAAAGGAGGCUGCAAUAAGGAAACAACACACAGACCAAGCUGUUGUGUUCUUCUGGAAAGUCUAUCAAAAAAGAUGGGAAAAGAAACUCUUGAGGUGGGAAAAGAGGGCAACAGAAGGUAUUUUUUUUCCUAAGAGGAAGGAAGAAGCCCUAGCCAAAGCCUGCACACUAGCCCUUGUAUGCUCAGCCUAGCCUAGGUGAGCAUGGAAGAACAGUGGGUCCUCUGUGCCUGUAGCUCCCUGUCCCCCUUAAUUAGCCAUCAUUGCCUUUCCCAUUGGAUCUGGGGUCUAAGCAUAAUCUAGAGUCCUCUCUAUUCUUGGGGAACACUAUAACCUCAAGGAUGACACAGAUAUCUAUAGAAGAAUUGACCUCCAUUGCCUGAGAAACGGGGGACAGGGGCAAUAUUGCCUCUCUAUAACCCACUCUUGUCUAACCCAUAGCAUAAGAAGUAACAGCAAAUCAACUCCAGAAUCUAAGUUCUCUCCCAGUCUUCUCCAGGUUCCUAGUUUUUACUACCUCACAGCGUGAAUGGGGACCCCAAGGAUGAGCAGGAGGCUUGGGACAGAGGAGCACAGCCGUACUUACUAAGGAAUACCAAGUAUAUUGGGGACUUGUGUCUGUUCCUCUGUAGAUCCUGGCUCUCAGCAGAUCCCACCUUGCUAAGCAGUGAGUUGAUUUAAUUCAGGUCCUUCCUCGCGGUUUUGAAGUGUAUUGAUUGCUGGGUCUCUGCUUACAGUCCCAGGAGUUGCCCUGCAGUUCCUGUGGGUGAGUGAUGGAGGGCCUAGAACCACCAAGCCUCACAGCAGUGGUCUCAGGCUGCUCCUGUUGAGUGCUACUUUGGUCAGGUGCCCAACAGAGACCUCCUGUAUUAUGACUGAAUUAUACUUUGUUAUGUGUAGAAGAAUGAGAAUUUUAAUAUUACAGCAUAAAUGUCACUCGGCAGUCUCAGCGAGUAGAGCUGGCUUUUGACUAGUCAUACUUUAGGCUACCAUCCUUUAGUAUAAGCAACUACCAUUUAUUGAGUACUGGUAAUUUCUGUGUUCCCAGUCCUCUGCUCAGGAUAUCUUUACAGCAAUAUUACAAGAUAGUUAUUUUCGGGGCUGGGGAUUUAGCUCAGUGGUAGAGCGCUUACCUAGGAAGCACAAGGCCCCAGCUCCGAAAAAAAAAGAACCAAAAAAAAAAAAAAAAAAAAAACAAGAUAGUUAUUUUCACUGUUGUUAUGGACAAUAAACAAACACGCAGAAUUCACUAACUUAACCAAAGUCACUGGCAGUUAAGUUACAAAGCAGGGACUCCAUCUAAAGGUCAGAUGACUCAGAAAGUCCAUGUUUCUCCCCAAAACAAGUGAAGUCAACUGGUCACCCCAGUUGUCAGAUUAUACAUAAAUGUAAAUGACACUGGACCAACCAGUCUAAUGUGUUUGAGUGGGCUUAACUUGAACAAUAACCUUCAGUAAAAAUGCCACAUUCCAGUCAGAUACAGAGGCCAGCUGCAUUAAUCAAGGGUAACCAGGACAAGAUAGCUCCAGAGCUCUUGCAGAGAGGGGAAGUAGGCUCCUAGGCUUCCCACUUGCACUGUGCCAUAGGGUCUCACACAGGAGCUGUUUAAAGGACUGGGGUCUCUUCUCCUCCUUUAGCUUUGCAUGGCUUGAGUGCAGUAUGCCACAGAUUCACCUUCCUAACCUGACAAGAUUUAGAUUAUAACAUGACAUUUAUAUGUUUAUUAUUUCCCUAGAAGUGUAUAUUUCUGUGCCAAUGAUGUAUUUUUAAAAAUCCAUACUUUCCUAGAAGUAUUAAUAAUUAAAACUGACAUUUACCAAUUUUUGAGAAAUGAAGGAAAAAUUCUCAGGUAAUUAGUUAACAAAAUUAUUACAUUUAAUUCAUUAAUUAAGGGAUAUACCAUGGCACACUUGAAGGGAUCAGCAGGCAGAUUACAAGAAUCUCUUUAUCAGGUAGCUCUUGGGGAUCAAUCUCCGGUUAUCAGGUUUUGGCAGCAAGGGCCUUCAUCCACUGAGCUAUCCCAAGUAAUUCUAAAGAACUUUCCAGAAGUAUUAAUACAUAAAUGAAGUCUCUUGGGGAUAGUGUGUCAUUCCUUUCAGUUGCCCACUGUACCUCAAUUCUUUGUGCAUUUAUGCAAGAACAGCCUCCUAGCUACUGUGUUGUUUUCAGACGUAUGGACUGACUUGUCAGGCUUCUACAGGUUGGGUUUCUUUCAUUCAUAGAAGAAAUUGUAUCACUAAAUCAUAUUUUGAAAUUCCCAGUAGGCAUUAGUUAUUGUUGUGACUUAAAUAAAAACUAUAUAAAGACCCAUUUUCAUAACAUAUACCAGUAUUGCAGUGCCUAUCUACCACUUAUUUGCACUGAUAAUCCCCCAUUUCCAUAGGCUACAGUAGCUCUUUGUGUUUUUAAGGCACUAAAAGCACUUUACAACUCAUGACCAUGUGCUUCCUUGGAGUCUGAAUCUGAGCUCUUACAUUGUAUUGGAUUCUUUCCCCUCUGCAGUCUCUUGAUUCCUGCCAUGCGUAUUUUCAGUCUCGGGGUGGGGAGGGGGUUAAAGUUGUUAAAGACGGCAUGCAUACAGAACACAGACACAUAAGCAAGCUCAUCUCCAGCUCUCAUCUCCAUCGCGUACUGAUUAAGAACAUUUGCUAGUUCUACAGCUCCACCCGCCCUGCCUGCUCCUUUGGAGAUUCUGCUUGACUUCCUGACACUUCCUACUUUACUUUUUUUCUCUUAUUACCCAGAUUUGUUUAAAUUUUAAAACAUCUUGUGAAUCUGCAUAGCAUCAUAGCUUCUUUUAAUCAGCCCUUACAUUGAGUACCAAAUUUGUUUCAUUUCUGUAAUGAUAAAAAUGGGAAUAGGCCAGUUUCACUGUCAGCAGUGUGUACCUAAGGUGGCCAUUUUGGAUGAGGAUGGCAUUCUUCUUAGAACCCUUCAGUUUCCUCUAAAGUUUUCCUAGAAUAAUUAAAACAGGCAAGUACAGGAGAAUUACAACAUUUCUGUUGUCCUCACCUCCCCAAACCUUAGUGCCAGUUCCCUUCACUCAGCACCACUUGCAGGAGCUCCGGCAGGAAGAGGAGGAUCCGGGUGACACUCUAGGGAUAAGUAAGCAGGCACCUGGCAGGUCCUGUGGAGGAGGCUUCAUGGAACUGAGCAACCUGAAGAGGUCACUGACCUGUUAAUAAGAACUAGUCCUGUGACUCAGAAUGCCCUGUUAGACUCGUGAAUAGCAGGCCCUCUCCCGCUAACUCAAGGUUCUGGAACAAAGGAAGGCUUCUUUUGGUUACUCAGGAUACAAGACUAAGGUCACUUCCCUUACUAAUAUUGGCUUUAUGACUAUUAGGAAAAGAUGGAAUGAAAGCUUCCUUUUCUGUUAGAUUUAGAUGUGAAUUUUCAUAAUUAUUUUAAAUUUGUUAUGCCUAAGAUCUAAGACAUCUGACUGUUCAGCGGUCUGAGACCGAUGAUGGAAUGUUACACUAUGAUCACAUGGUGAGGCAUGAAAUGUAUUUGCUUUAUACAAUCAACCCCACUAAAAACAACCUCUUACAGAUACUCCUUAGUCAAUAGAUGGCAUUCUGGAGCACUUGGCAUUUUCGUUUUUUCUAGAGAUAUUAAAAAAUGCCACCAUUGUUUGUCUGUGACGAGGACUUCCAGUAAACAAAAUGUUUUUGAAAAGAAUGUAAGCAAAUUGUAGAGCAGCUGCCAAGAUAAGAAAUCAAGAGACGCAGUUUCAGUCCAAAACACAUUUUGUGUUUUGAGGAUAACUGUGUAGGUUGCAGAAUGCAUAUUUCAAAUGCUGCAUAGCCAUCUGAACUUUACAGUGUUCAAAAAAGUUGAUUGUCUCAGCUAUUUGUAAUAGAAACUAUUUCAGAACUCCUAGCUCUGGUCUUCUAAAAAAGGCCCAGACUGUGUUUUCUUUAGCUAACUAGCAUUGUAAAAUUCCUGUUGGCCACAGGAUUCUGAGGCUAUCACGUCCUUUAGGCUACAGGACAAGCUGACCCCUGUGCUGACACCUCAGAGUGGUUUGGUGUGGCCUUGCCCUUUCGUUCUAGCCACCACCGAGGUAUUUUUAACCAACUGUUAGACUUCUCACAAUUCAGUCUUGAAAAGAUAUUCAUCAUAUUGGCCAAAUAAUUUUACUUCUUGAAGACUAUUGACUGCCCUUUUGGCAUUUCAUCUUUUAUCUUAAAUAUUGAGCAGCAUCUUUUUUUUCCCUCAGACACUUUAGUUUUAAAAGUACUCAGAUUUGAGUUUGAAAAUUCUCUUUAAAAUUCCCUCCUGUGCUUUCCUGGAUUUACUUGGAGAGAGCUGUUAGUUUUGGUGUCAGAGAUACAUAUUAAUGCACACUGUAGCUCUCGGGCCUUCAUGAGGACUCAUUGCUGUGCAUCUGUCGAUGGUCAGACCUCUCCUGUCCACAGUGUUACUGUUCUCGCUUUCCAGCAUCACCGCUGUUCCGGGACUACUGUAACCAACGGCUCAGAACGUGGAUUUAAGAUUUGUCUUGGAUGUGAGGAAAGCCAAACAGGGUUAUUACUUUUCAAAGCCUUUUACAUAAUUUUCUUCCAUGAUUUAAAUUUUUAUACUUUACUUAAAGUAUGAUAAUUUUUCUUUCAAAAGAAAUCUGUAGCAAAUGUCAAAAUUACACUUUUGGACUCACUUAAUAGCAAUUAUGUGUUGAAAAGGUGUAAAUAACUUGCAAGCAGACAGUACAAACAUCCAGGUGCUCUUAUGUGCUGAUGACAACAAAAUUGAAAAGAAAGACUGUAAUAAUUCUGACUGCUUUUCUCUGCACAAGAUAUUGAUUAUUUGUGUGUGGUGAGAGAUUUGGAAAAUUCAAUUAAAGGAGUUGUGCAAAGGUUUCAUAAAUUUCCCUUCUACAGCGUGUACACAGACAUUGUUGCCUUUUAAAUCAAUGCAGCACUUCACAAUAUAUUUUCUUUGAAACAUAAAAAUAAAUAACAUUUAAACAGUUCUGCUUACUACAGAAACAAAUUUUAUUUUCUGUGAAGCAUUUAGUCAUGUGCUACCACUGACUCAGACCCAUUUGCCAGCUGUAACAAAUUUUAUAGACACUUCCCUGGAGACAUAGCUCACGUGCUAUGAAUUUUUAAAUGAACAAAUGGUGAAGAAGGGGUGUCAGCAAUAUAAAAAUUGAUCAGUUAAAAGAUAAAAGCAUAAGUAAAGAGAUUUGUAUGGUGGCCUUAAUAGGUUUUAUUAAAUAAAAAUACUAUAAAAGGAUAGUAAUGACUAGACUGAGGACUGACUGUUCUUGAGGAGGAGAAGAAUUACCUUGGCACAUUUAUAGAAAUUGGUUUUUUGUUGCCUGACAGGUGAACAUUUUCCAUUUUAACCCUGAAAAGCAGUCAGAAAAACUAACCCCAUCCCCAAGACUCACAUCAAAUUGCUUAGUUGCAUACAUAUUUUAGACACAUAAGUAACAAAGUAUAUUUGCAUUAUUAUAUAGCUAAUUGUGUGAGGUGGCCUGCUGUCUAUCAUAGAUUCAGAAGAGGAGGGAGGUCAUUUGUAUUCCCACUUAGUUACAGCCCACGGAAUGCGGGGGCUCCUGCUGCUUUCCUUCUCAUAAACUGCUUUUUCUUCCCCAGCCUCUAAGUCUCCUCUUAUCUAACUGUAAAGUCAGUCUCAAAUGGGCCAUGUUCUGUGAAGCUCACCAUUCUCCUAGGGAAGCACAAUUGUUUCAUGUCAUAGGCUCCCAUGGUCCUUGUCAGCUGUUAAGUGUGUUUGUGUAGUGCAUUGUCACUCUCAGAUUACUGGCUUUCUUGUGGACUCCUCUUGUGUUGCAGCCACAGAGCCUGAGCCACAAUCUGGAGAGAGAGGGAGGGCUGGGGUGUAACUAGAGCACAGCACCUACUGAGAACCCAGAUCAGAUGUCCCUUAUGCAGUGCAAUGAGGGAGGGAGGGAUGGAUGGAUAAAUGUCUAGUCUAAGAAUUUUUUUAAUAUUAUCUAUCAAAGUUAGAUACCUUACAGCACAAGAAGUUUUGUCUGAUUCCAAGAAUUAUCUAGCAUUUUCAAACACUUAAAUUUUUUUGGUUUUGUUGGGUUGGUUGAUGUGUUUUAAGAUAAGGUCUCACUAUGUAGUCCUGGCUAACUUAGAACUUGCUGUGUAGAUCAGGCUGGCCUCAAACUCACAGAGAUCCACUUGCCUCUGCCUCCUGAGUGCUGGGAUUAAAAUUUCAAAUACUUAUGGUUGCUCUCUUUAUGUCCUUCAUUAAUUUAAUGUUUGCAGAGUACCUGUUAUGAAUUAGUCUUCUGGCCUUAGGGAAAAACACAAAACAUGGCGGACCUCAUCCUGCUCUCAGGAGCACAGAGUCCAGUACAAAGGGCAGGGAACAUAGUGAAGCGUGAAAGAAUAGCAACAGCAUCUGAUACUCUUUGGUAUAAUGUACAGGCAUACAACAAAUUUCUCCGCCAUAAUCAUUUUAAGAGUAAUAUUCUGAGGUGGAACCUACGAGAUGUUGAAAUAAAAAUUAUAAAGCCCAAACUUGUUUAUUAUGAAAAUAAAAGUUUUUUUAAAA